AUGAUGUCUCUGCUCCAUGUGAUCGAAACCGAGCAGGGUCUCAAUUAUAUACACCACUCCUUUCUCGGUUGUCAUGGUCGUCUCACAUCAGCUAGCUGCCUUGUAACAGACUCAUUUCAAGUUAAAGUAUGUGACUGCGGACUUUCCGAGCUUGUUCGAGUUGCUGAUCAACACAAAAUAUGGAUGGCACCCGAAUUGAUGAAUUCACCUCAGCAAGGGCCAUCAAAAUCUGCCGACAUCUAUUCGUUUGCGAUAGUUGCAUCAGAAGUAAUCAGGAAAACUCCUGCAUGGAGCAUUUAUGGCGAAAACGAGGAUAUUGAAGAUAUCAUCGCCGCUAUCAAAAGAGGAGGGUCAAAUCCGUUGCGACCAUCGCUGCUGACUGAGACAGUGAGCACACCUGCUGAACUG